AUGUUGGGUUCCUUCGAAAAUGGCGGAGAUGACAACCACAUUGCCGGCUCAUUGACGUUGCUACCUGCUGUGCCUCAGACUUACAUCACACCUCCUACUCCGACAGGGCCUGCAGAAUGGGAGGGUCAUCCUUACACUGACGGCUUUCCCAUGGAUGAUGCUUUCGACUUCCCCAUGGACGAUACAUCUGAUGUCGUCCCUGCAGUGAAGGGGCGAAGAUUUCAGACAGCGAAUGCUGUGCUCCGAGAGGGAUUCGUGGAACUCGAACGUAUGAUUCAAGAUCUAAGUAGCAAAACAGCCAUCCCCACUCAUCAGAUCGUCAUACUUUGGAACAAGAGCCAUGCGCGCUCCACCAGUACUGUCAACCAUUGGAACGCUUACAGUAGUUACUUCAAGGACCACCUCAAGGACGAGCUUGCGAGGCUCGGCAGGAGGGCCCCCGAGAUUCAUGGCACACCAAGUGCCACUGUGCGCCAUAAUUGCUAUGAACUCUUCAAGGCAGCAUUCCCGGACAAGUGGCAAAACAUCCUCGAGCUUCAUGAACAGUCAGCGAUGCUCCUGGGUAUUCCUCAGACGGUUGCUAUGCGGGGUCAAGAGUUCCACAAAUUUGGCACAAAGAUCUCUGGCCUUGGUAGACAGAUGGACUCUGCAGCAGCUCGCUAUGGCUUUGAGGCUGCUUUUGUAGCGUGCGGAAAAGUCGUUAAUCAAGACGGCUCGCUGGGCCUAGCCCAUACGACACCUGGAGCUGAGGGUUUUUGGAAAUCGCGCUGUAGGGCUGAUGAAGAUACUAUCAUCGGUCACUUGAAAGCCCAGGUAUAUAACCUGACAUCACUCGGUGUCGUCGAAGAGGCCUUUGAUGAAGACAGCAUUGGGAUCGAUGCCAACGUACGCGGGGCUUCAGUCCCCCCUUCAGAAUCUCUCGACAUUUCCAAGCAUGGAAUCAAGUGGAUCAAGGAUGAGUUGCAUCGUCAAAUUGAUGCACUGGGCGGAAAACUAACGUCCAACAAGAUUUUUCCGUGGAAGACACUGCCAUCAGAGCUCACGCGAUAUCCGGAGGACAUGCUCCUCCCAGGUGGUUUUCAUACCACCGUAAAUAAAGGUAUCGCAAACCUGACUCUGAAGGAGACCGGCAUUGUCAUCGCAGCCUUGAAGGCGGGGACCAUGAGCAUCAAAAAAAUUGCCGAAGCUAAGCGAGCUAAAGUCCUCACUUCUGAGUGCCCAGUAGUGGAGGGCGCGCCUCCUGCAGCAGAUUCGAUUCAUACUGCAGGACAUCGCCUUUUUGUGAAUGGCAAAUCAGAUCGCCUGGGUGCUCUGCGCCUGAAGCAGAGCACAGCUACUUCCAUAGUCAAAGGCAAAACAUCAAAGAAAGCAUCGGCACUGCCUGCUUCCACAACAUCUCUUGCUGACGAGUCCGAUGACGAACCAAGCGUGUCUGCACCUGUCCGCCCCCAGCCUCCCCCCUCCCGAGAAUUCAAAGUCGUUAAGCGCCCGACGGGCCAGAAGAAGGUCGACAAGGAGGUCAUUUCCUUGGCAUCUAGUGAUACUCCGUCUGGCUCAGAGGACCUAGAUGAAAACCUGGAGGAAUCAGUGGUUCUCGACUCCGAUUACCAAGAUGAUGUUUCCUCCAAGAAGCGGAAGGCGAAAUCCGAAGGCGCCUCGCGAGCAUCCAAAAAGAGGUCACCGUCUGUUGCGCCUGCAGAGAAGGCAGUCUCAGCAAAGAAGACGAAAGGUAAGGUACCUGUGAGGCCUAAACCCAAGGUGCCUGAGAGGAGAGCACCGUCGGGGACUGCUGAGUCCUCCGGUGAUGAACAUAUUCGAGAUGUACGAGCCAAACCUGCUAAACGUCUGCUUAAUGGUUCGUCAGCUCAAGAGCAUCCUGUGACUGCAGUCGAUCCCAUCGUGGAUAAUGACGUCGAUGCUCCUGACGGUAGUGCCGUCAACAAAGCUGCAGCAGAGACUCGCUCGAGCAAUGCUGAUGCUACCAACAGCCUCCCCACACGUCCCUUGCCUCCCUCGCCAACUCGUCAUGCUUCGGUAGACUUAUUCCCGGACAACAUCGUGCGUGCAGGAUCUCUCGCACCAGCUUCUAAGUCGCCUGUUGUGCGACCUCCAUCCCUGCAGCGCGGGGAAUCUCUUGGGCCAGCAGCUAAGUCGCCUCUCAUGCAACCUCCAUCCCUGCAGCCUGCGACAAUUCACGACCAACCCAUUGGGCGCAGGGAGCCUGUCAUGGGGAUGCCACGAUCCCAUCAUGAGCGGUGUACCGAAUCCGAGAUGGCGGCUGCACCUACCGACGGAGACUUUAAUGCCGAGAGUCACUCCAUGACGCGGGCGCACGAUGCAGACAUGAGACCAGGGAUGUAUGGUCCACGCCCAAGGGGUCCAAUGCCAUCGCGCUAUGGACAAGGCUUUGCUCGUUACCCGCCGCCCGAAUAUUACCAUGACUCGCGUAUGGCUCAUGCCCCCCAGCCCCCCCAUGGUCCUCAGCCUCAGUAUCACGGUGAUUACCAUGAUGCUCCCUACCACAAUUCUCGCGAUGGAUACGACGGUUAUGUCGAGACUUAUUGGCACCCUCCCAGCAGUGCAUAUUUUGGUCCACAAGGCAGAUACCAGCAUGGGUAUGGGCGUGAGUAUCCUAACGAGUACCCCAAGGACCAGGAGGAUUGA